AUCCCGUUGUGGUCUGCUUUGCCAGGGUGUUGUCUGAUUUCCGUCCAAUGGUGAAUAAUCAGGAGGGCGAACCGAAACCAAAGAGACGGGCUAAGACUGAUGAUAAGUCUUGCACUUCAUCUGCCGGAACUAGUGAUGAUAUGCCGAUUGAUAUUAAUUUACAAAAUACAAGAGUGUGGAUGACGAGUACGAAGAAUCCGAAGAAAUUAGGUUCGAAGAUAUACAUCGAUCAAGGGAAUAACCUGAGUCUAUCCCGUAUUCUUUUACUACAAAUGGAUGAUAAUUAUUCGGAAACGCAAGUAAAAACGUUCUCUAGGGAAACGCUCGAAGAUCUCAGAAAGGAUAUUAAAUCAAGAGUUAAUCAGAAAAAAAAAAGUAAUAAGGAACAUAAAAUCAAUCCUACAAGAUUCUCUCUUGACGAUAAUGAUGAUGGAUUACAUGAACUUAGCGAAACCAUCACUGAAUCUUUUUUGAAAGAAUUUAAUUCAACAGCAGAGAAAGAAAUUCUUCGACGAAUGAAGUUCUCUUUGAACAUAU